AUGAGAAGUGAAGGCUGCACGAUAGCAGCGCUCAGUGGAGCGGCAGCCGAAGGCUACCUUGAUGCCGUUCAGUUUCUCGUGGCGCACCGUGACGGGGGCGCGUCGCCUGAAAUACUGGACACCGCGGCCGCCAACGGCCAUCUGAACGUUGUCAAAUAUCAGGACGAGCUCGGGCGUUUUGCGUGCACGACUGCCGCCGUCGACAAAGCCGCAGAGAACGGGCAUCUCGACGUCGUGGACUACCUCUUGACGCACCGACACGAAGGGGGGAGCCGGGACGGAGCCCCGCAAGGAGCCCUUGAUCACGGUCACAUUGAGAUCGUCCAGCGCCUUGUCGCGGCGGGCUAG